CCUGUGAUUGUAUGAACAAAAAAAAAAAAAAACUACCAUGACUAACGGAACGGUACUGUUAUACCAGUAUUUCCACCUAUGGGAAUGCUGCUUGUGAUAGCGCCGAAUAUGCACAAGCAUUUUGCUUGAAGAAAAAAAUAAAUAAACCCAAACUGGACAACAGCACAAAUCAUUCUAGGGGUGGCUGUCAGAUGAACAAUUGAGAAUGGCCUGGAUUUGGAAGAGGAAAUCUGUCAUCGUCAUGAGUUUGAUCGUGGCCGUGUCUGUGUUUGUUGCUGCUGUCCACUACACCGAGAAGCCCUACGUUUUACUUCAACCUUAUUUCGGACAGUCCUUCAGCAACCGAUGGGUCUUUUCCCGCUUGCAGCACAGGUUUAAAUCUCACAGUGGAUAUGUCAGCGUGCCAAAGCAGGAGCCUCUUAAGCUGUACUGCGAUCUCUGCAGCAUCGUUUCCAGCUCGGGCCAGAUGCUUGGCAGGGAAGCGGGAUCAGCCAUCGACCAGUCGUCUUGUGUGUUGAGAAUGAACAACGCUCCCACAAAGGGCUUUGAGGAAGACGUGGGUAGGAAGACGACGGUCAGAGUGGUGUCCCACACCAGCGUUCCUCUGCUGCUGCAGAAGCAGCAAUACUUCUUUGGACAAGCCAACGACACCAUCUACAUCAUCUGGGGGCCCUUGCGUAACAUGAGGCAGGACGGUAAAGGAAUUGUGUACAACAUGCUGAGACAAGUGAUAGAAAACUACCCUCAAGCCAAGAUCUUUGUGACAACCGAAGAGCGCAUGAACUACUGUGACAAGGUGUUCAAAGAAGAAACUGGAAAAGACAGAAUUCAGUCAGGGUCAUACCUCAGCACUGGGUGGUUCACUCUUGUUCUCGCUAUGGACAUGUGUCGUGAUAUUCAUAUAUAUGGGAUGAUAAAUGAAACCUACUGCAGGACCGAUGGGUAUCGCAAAGUCCCCUAUCAUUACUAUGAAGCUGGGAGCAGAGACGAAUGCGCCGAGUACCUCCUGCAUGAAGGCGCUCCGUACGGAGGACACCGCUUCAUUACUGAGAAAUCUGUUUUUGCUAAAUGGGCCAAAUCACAUGCCAUUCAAUUCUCACACCCAGCCUGGGCAAUUUCAUGACACCUCCCCUCAUUUAAAGGAUUUUUCUUUUCUUUUUCUUUUUUUUUUUUACUUAAACACAAAGAAAGCUCCAGAAAUGUUGACUUGGAUGGUGCUGACUGGCCCAAUCUGUAUCCACUACUCUUGUCUGUAAAUGGACGACAAAUACUGGUGGGAUCAUUUUAGCCAGUUUAUAAUUUGUCAACAAAUAGGUAGGAAAGACCAAAAGAAGACAAAAGGAUAAGCAUCAUUAAACAGCCAUUAAACCAAUAUUUAAACUACUACUUUAGAAAACGGAUGCACUUUCUAUAUAUAUUGCCUGUGGAGUUCCAAGGUUACUCAGCUUCAUUAGUAUGCUGCAUACAAUGUGGGCAACUCAAAUUAGGGAAUUCAUUUCAGUUGUGACUUUGCUGCUGGUUAAUUUAACUAAUUUAAAGUAGAUGAAGCUUUUUUUAAAAUUAAUGAUUUUUUUUUACUGCAUUUCCAUAGAAACUGAGUAUUUUACAGACCCAUUAAAUCCAGUACAUCUGACAUCUGAUAAGUACAGAUAACGGUCUAUGAAACUGUGAACCUAAUUGAUUGAAUGCAGCAUAUUUACUGGUAUUCUUGACAGUGUACACACUGAAUCACUGACUAAAUGUUAAUCAGACGUUUACAAUUAUUAUCUGGCAUUGUCACAACGAGGUACAUAAACCCUGUAGUGCCAGUUGGUAUAUCACUGUUUAAUAUAAUACUAUACAGUGCUCACAAAAUCGCUAGCCUGACGUUCCGUUACAACCAAAAAAUCUGUCGGACAACGUGUGUUUUUUGGCUGCUAGCCGACGGGCAAUCUGAUUUUUGAGUAUAACUAUCACCCCUCUAUAACAAGAUAACGUGCUGUGCUCUAAUCAAACAGCGGCCUCUCAAUGGAGAUUCUGCUCACGGUAAUACGCGUUUAGAGGGAUCAAUGUUUUUCAUUGGUAAUGCUUGAGUGAUUUCCAGACACAAAUACACAAACUUCACAGAUUCACAUAUACGCUGCGCUAUUUCUAUCCCCCAGCAACACAUCACCCUCUUUUUCUUUUAAAAUAUGGCAGAUCUAAGGAGGUAUGUUACUUGCAGUGGAGCUGAAGAUAAACAACCACUCACACAGCAUGAGAAGGCAGAAAAAAUUAAUAUGAAAGAAAGAGAAAGCACUCUUUGUGCCAUCGUGGACGAAAUAAUAUUUUUGGCUCACAUAUGACAAGGAGAAGAACGAAGUGUUCUGCCAGGUUUGCCGGAAAUUCAGUCAGAUCGCAGACAGUGGAGGUCCUUUCGUCAGGGGCACAAAUACGUUCCGUAAAAAAAAUCCAGGUCAGGCGCCAGUGGCAAAUAUUGUCGAUAAAAUGGCCAUGUCACAUGUCACGCUUUUUCGCACUGCCAUGUUGCCAAGGAAGAACUGGCUUUGAAUACAUUUGCUGGUUUGUGUAUACAGGCAGCAAAAAGCGUUGAACUUAAGACACAUACAUCAAUGACCAUGCCUGUUGCCACUUCAUUGGGGCAAUUGUGUUUGUACAGGAUAAGAGAGCAGUUACAACCCAAAUGGUCAAAUAUAACACUGUUAAACAAGCAGAUGCACCUGGUGUUUUAAGAGCGAUAGACGGCCCUCUCGAUAGUGUAGGAAUUGAUCAGGAAGUGUGGCAGAAGAAAGCUGUCUGUGCAGCUUGAUGGAGCUGGGACAGAAAACAGGAGUGGCUGCACGUUUGAAAGAGCGGGUACCACACACAGUCUUGACGCGGUCAAAAAUGUACCUUAUUUACAUAUAUUUGAAGAGACAAUGAAAUCGGCGUUCAAAAUGUAUCACUACAAAAAAAGAGACAUGAGCUGAUGGAAAUAGGGGAACUUCUUGAUGAGAACCUUGCUCAUUUCAGAGGACUUCUAAGCACCAGGUGGCUACCAAGCAGACUGAGGAGUCUGAAGGCAAUCACUGUUACUCAUAUGGAAAAUCUUAACAGUAGCUGCUGCCAAGACACCAUACCAGCAUCAAAGCAAAAUUAAUAGUGCUGAGAUAAAGACAGAGAAGUUUGUUGACUUUCUGCACUUCAUGCUUGAUUACAGCAGCAUUCUAGCAAAAUGUGGCACAUAUUUCCAGUGUGACGACAUUAACAUCACAAGGGCUAAUCAUUUGGUAAAGAGCACGACGUCAGACCUGCUUCGGCUGAAGACGGCACCUGGAGAUUAUCAGAAAUCGCUCGCUGGCAAUCUUAUAGAAGGUGAUCAGAGUGAGGUGAUAUAUAAAGGUGUCCAGCUGACCAAGGAUAAACGACUGCACAGAGGAGUCUCUGAGAAUUCUCAUGAUAGUGAAGCAGAUUGUGCACCAUGGAAGUCAGACUUGACUAAAAUAAUUGAUAACACAGUGAAGUACAUGGAUGAGAUUCCGGAGCUGUCUAGCUUCAGCGUGUUUGACACAUCUCUGCUGCCAUAUGACCGAGAGAAGCUGGCUACCUCUGGCUAUGACGAGAUAGUUGAACUAGCAAAGCACUUUGAAAAAGUCCUGACAAAGGAAGAGUUUGACCUAAUCCCACAAGAAUGAACUGAUCUCAAAAUCUGGUUGGCUGCUCAUAGAGGACAGAAGCUUCAUCACUUGUACACAGAUUUGUUGCAUGCCAACCCUAGCCACCUGUCUCACAUUCUGGUUCUAGUGAAUUUACUCCUUACACGCGGCACUUCAACAGCCAUCUGUGAGAGAGUAUUUUCCUGCAUGAACAGAGUGAAAACAUGCUAUCGUAUAUCUCUGAAAGCUGAGACAUUAGAUCACUUGAUGUUGCUUCCACAAACGGUUGUGGUGUUAAUAGCUUCUCUCCAGACAAAGCUGUUAAAUAUUGGCUCUUCUCUGGCAAAGGGAGCAGGCAUUUGACCCAUAGAACUCCAGCUCGGAAUCGCAAAACUAAGGUUGACAGCCAGAGUGAGGGAUGAAUCUGUGGAUGAGGCUCAACCAUCUACAUCAGGAUGUGAUGAAUGUCAUCAGCUCAUUCUGUAGCUAGUUAAGAUUUCCCAUUGCACGACAGCAUGGCUUGAUUACAAGCUCACAGCAUAAACCUAUGAUCACUAUAGUGUUUAUUGUGUUGAUGACAGCAAAUAAUCUUUUUCAGACCGUUAAUGUGCAUUUUAGAAGCUUUGUGAAGAACUCAGAAACUGUGACUUGAGACACAACAAUUUGUGGAAAUACUGUUAAAUGUGUAUAUAUUUUUCACGUUUCGAAAAAAAAAAUCAUUUGGUUUAAGUCUUUGUUUCACAAUGUCAGAGUGACUUUGUACAAAUCAUAGUCCAUAUGGGCAAUUAUGGGCAACUUGACAUUUUUUGGACAACCAAAUGUCUACAAUGGCCUGCCCAAAGGGCAAGUAGCGUUACCAAAAUUUUGCGAGCCCUGCUAUAUGAAGAUCAUACAUAUCUAGUUACAAAUCUAGUUACUUCAACACAGUAGCCUAUCCACACAGUGAGGAAUUCUUGGGCAUUACAGGGUUACAAACAUGUGAAAACAGCAGUAGGGGCACAUGCAAACCACUGUUUCAGAGUGGUAUACCUGUGGUUAAAUGCCAUCAAUGGAAAAAUUAAUUUCCAAUGUGAAAUCUGACUUACAUUGUGCCUGCAGAGUGUGUACUGCCAACAUAUUGAUGCGUCUAUAACUGCUGCUUUGAGAUACAUGUAUACAAUAUAUAAUUAUAUAUAUAUAUAGAGCCCAGAGGAAGGGCUACCCUCAGCCAUGGAUUCCCUAAGGUUUCCUCCUACCAGCGAGUACAGUUUUUUCCCUUACCUGAGUGCCGAGCGAUUCGUAUUUAGUUUCUGCAGGGUGCGUGGCAGGCAGGAGAGGCUGGGCUUUCAGCAGCUACUUUUCAGGCUGUUGCGUUAAACAUUCAUCAUUUUCAUUUUAUCCAGUCAUUCAUUCUUUUCCUAUCUUUGGGGGUAGGUGGCAGUCUGCCACUGCGGGGUUUGCGUAACCAUUCAUCAUAUUCAUUAUCCAGUCAUGGUUUGGCAGCUUUGUCUUUUGAGGGGAGAUGGCCCACGCGCCACUUCCUGUCUACGGCACUAGCCUAUAUCGUGUAUGCGCUAGCCGGCCAGCAUUGAGGGUAGCUGUCGAGCACCCAGGGACAAGGUCUCGGGCCAAAUUUAUCAUCGUUAUUAAUUUGUCUGUUCAAUUGCAAUUCAAUUUAUUCACAUUGCGGAUUCUCCGUCCUGAAUAUACAAUAAAAAUGCAGAUUUUCUAACACAUUAUUAAAGCUUCAUGAAUAGGGCCUGAUAUGUGUAAAAACAAAAUAAACAACAUGCCAAAAACUUUUUUUUUUUUUUUUCUGCUGCUACAUACAGUAUUAAAGAGGUUUGUGUUUUUGGUUAAUUCGAAACUACAGAAACUCCUGUAAGAUACACUUAAAAACAAUAACAUUCCCCACUGAUAAAUUAAAGCUGUAGAGUUUUGCUAAUGUUAAUAUGUUAGAUCCCAAGCAGUGCUGUGCAAAGAAAUGAAAACCCCCAUACUUUACUUCACUGCUGUUUUGUCAGCGAUAUUUUGCUUUUUUUUUCAAAUAAUGUGCUGUAUGGAUUUUUUUCCCCCAACAAUAUUAGUUUUCUGUACUUUUCUAUGGCCUUUGUUCCCUAGUGUUUGUUAAAACGGUUUGCUAAUGGAAUAUAAUAAUCUGUGUACCGUAUGAAUUAUGUUUAAUAUUUGCUUUCCCUACCAUGAAAUGGAAGAAGGAUUUUCUGUCAAAUCAAGUUAGGUGUCAAUAAUGCUGGGUUAUCAACAUAUUAUAAUAGUAUGAGGAAAUACAAUGAAAAAAAUACAGCUUCUUAGAGAACAUUAGGAAUUUUACUGUUCGUUAUUGCUAAUGAACAAUUUCGCAAACUGCAAAUGCGUAGCCUCUGAGUGAAAAGUAGAAAGCACAUGAUUUCCUAGUCAUUAUGUUACUGUAAUUUAUGAAAUGAAGUGUUUAUUAAUUAUACAAAUAAAACCCAGCAUACAUACACAGUACAAGGCUAAGGCAGAAAGCAAGCUUCAGUAGGGUGGAUUUGCACUGUGUAGGACCGACAGAUUAAAGCAAAAAAGAACACUGCUUUUUAUAAAUGUUAUCCUCAAUAGAUAAACAGUGAGAAAAAUCAAACAGUUAUCUGUUUUGUUGUUUUUGUACUUUUGAAAAAGGAAAAUCAUUGUAUUGUCUUAUAAAGGUUGCAGUGAGAUCCUCUAAAUCAAACGCUUGAUUGGGUUUAAGCCAGUUUUCUGGGAAUAUGAUGUUUACAAACAGGAUUGUUUUUUUUGUAAUUAGCUCACUUUUGUAAUUUCUGUUAAGUAUAGCAGCAAUUACACAGAUGCAUUACCAGAUGACCUUGUUUUAUUCACCUGGAAAAUGGCUCAAAAGUCUAAGAGCAUCUCUUUCCUUUAUAUUUGAUAUGUAUUUAAAACGUUAGUGACAUGAUGGAUAGCCAUUAUGCAAAUUGAACUUGGUACUUAUUAAAAUGCUAAUGAAUAGUAAUACGUGAGUAGAAAGAAUGGCUUUGUAAAAUGCCUGGUUUCCCCUAUGUGUAUUCUUAUUUGUCAUUUGAAAAUUAACUUUGAUAAGAACUCUUCAGUAUUCAGCCUCUGCAGGUGACAUAUUUAUAGUGUGUUGUUAUUAUUGUCUGUGUUUGUUUUACAUGUUGCCUGGCCCUUGCGACAAGACUCAAUACCUUUAAUACCUGUUUGAAUAGCUGGCACAACUGCCUGCCAUUUUCCUUGUGAGAAAUGGUUUACUAAUGUUGGCAGACACUGGUCAUCUCAUGCACUAUUCACACUACAUCCCUAACUUAAACACUCAAGAGUGUUGAAUUUAGAGCUACGAAAAGAAACACAUUUCUUACACGUCUGUUUUAAUGUGUAUGUUCAAAAUGAAGACACUGAAUGAAGUGAGUUGGAUUCACAUGGUUUUAAUGUGUGUUGGUCUUGCAUUAUUAAUGUUGUAAAUCUACAUAUAAUCGAAACGUUGGUUGUGUAAACGGCCAUUUACCGUUUAAACUAUCAGACCCAUUUUCAUUGAAAAGUAUGACUUGAUUUUAGUAUUUAGAGUAAUUUCUCUCUCUCUCCCUCUCUCUCUCUCUCUCUCUCUCUCUCUAUAUAUAUAUAUAUAUAUAUAAAGUAGUAAUUUUUUUAAUUACUACCUUGAUUUUUUCAUACAGUAUUCAAUUAAAGUGAUUAACAAUGCAUCAAGAUGCUACAAAGGAUUACACUUUUUUAAAUGUAAAAAUCAAUGCAAGAUCCGCAUUAAACGGGACUAUACCAAUUCCUGAUUUUUAUUUUACAGUUUAAACACUUGCAGGCUAAGUUGUGUGGAUAAGGGAUACGCUCUUCCCAUUCAGCCUGGAGUUCAAGGACAUGUUCCUAAUGUAAGCACUGAGUGAAUUAUCCUUCUUGAAUUAGACAACAGUAAAUUGGAAGCAGUGGUUAACUUAUACUAUAUAGUAUUAGUUACAAAGUUAAACUGAACUGAUUAACUUGAACUGGAUAACAGCCAAACAAACGUCGUAAGGAUAUCAUAAGGGGUUUUCCUUAUUCCUGUUGACUAUUGUUCUCAAACAGUUUUUGAAAAUGCUAUUUGUUUGCAGAUUGUUGUCCUUUGUUUUGCUUACAACUUCACUAGUUACAGAACUUUGCAGAGUUUGUCAUUCUCAGUUUUCUGCCCAUGUAAACUUUGUAUUGUAUAUUCUUAUUGUACUCACAGCCUACACAAUAUUCCCUUUUUGCCUUUAAACAUUAACCUUUGUACAUGCUUUUUGUACUUUCAGUUCUAAAGACCUCCAAAAUGUUGUUUCUAGAAUAAAUUAACUUGACAGAAAGUGUGUUUGUUUUGCUUUUCUGCUCCUUUUAUAUUGUUUAUUCAGUCAAACUUGCAAUCCAUAAUGUUCAUAACAUUUUAAUAAAUGCCUGGUGAAUGUGACAUGAAUUCAACAGGACCAUUUCAA